ACAUACAAGCAGCGAACACACUGGGUGGGUUAAACGGGACAGGCAAAAUUACACGAGUGAAGAUCAGCUGUGUGUGGGGAUAUUAAUGCUCUUCAAUGGCUAUGACAUCGUAACGCGUCUGCCGCAUCGCACAGUCAGACCAUGAACUACGUGGGUCAGCUUGCCGGCCAGGUGUUUGUGCAGGUGAAGGAGCUAUACAGAGGCCUGAACCCUGCCACCCUGUCCGGCUGUAUUGAUGUCAUUGUGGUGCGUCAGUCUGAUGGCUCUCUGCAGUGCUCCCCUUUCCACGUCCGGUUUGGCAAGAUGGGCGUGCUGCGCUCCCGGGAGAAAGUGGUUGACAUUGAGAUAAAUGGCGAGCCGGUCAGUUUACAAAUGAAACUGGGUGAGAAUGGCGAGGCAUUCUUUGUUAAAGAAACAGAAAGUAAUGAGGAGAUGGUGCCAUCCCACUUGGCUACCUCACCUAUAAUUUCAGAAGGCUCUGCCUUGAUGCAGGCCCAAAUGGGAAAAGGCACGUGCCGACGACUGUCUGAGUCUGGAUCCGGAACCUCCAUUCAAACCCUGGGUCCCGGACAGGCCUCUGGUGACAGUUCAAUGAUGAAGAAAAGGAGAAAGAGGAGAAGGAAAUCUAAAAUGGACAGCAUGAAGCGAGAGGAUAAUGGGGAAUUCUCAGAAGAUGAUGACAUGUUUCAGAUAGACUUGAGCUCUGAAGAUGAGACAAAGAAUACAGGAAGCAGAGCGAUGUCACACCAGCUGUUUGCUGAGCAGGUGAAAGGAAGCUCCAGUAGCACCACAUACACAACAGAAGGAAACUGGAGUGGUGUUCAAAGAACAGGGAUGGAAAAGACUUGCUGUUUACCCAUUCCCAUUAAAACAGGAUUAUCCAUCUCCUGUCCUCAACAAACAGCCAUGUUCCAGUCCACAAACAGCAGUCCAAAUGGCUCUUUGCCUUCUACACCAAAGAGUGACUCAGAAUUGCUGAAGAAUGAGGGCAAACCAGACAACCCAGAGAUGUUGUGGACAUGGGGAGAGCUGCCUCAUGCUGCUAAGCCAUCAUUUCUGCAGGCCGUGCCAGAGCCUGUGGUGGUGGCUCCAGGGUCAAUUCCACCAUCUGACAGCACACACUUCAGAGCCAUCACUCGGGGUGGGAUGAUGAAGUCUCAGGACAAUGUUCUCCAUGAGUUUGUACCAGAUCUCAGGGCUGUAGAGGCGGCAUGUGGACCUUCUGUAGAGGUGGCGGCCAUCAGUGCAGCCGCCCAUCUCAUAACAGACUUAGAGGAGGGCCGUCAUAGUCCUGGAGCUCACGGCAUUAGCAAGACUGACUCUCCAUCCAAGAGAAAAGACAAAAGGAGCCGGCACCUCGGAUCAGAUGGUGUGUACCUGGAUGACAUCACAGGGCUAGAGCCUGAUGUGGCUGCCCUUUACUUUCCAAAGAGUGACGGAGCAGCUUUACUAAGGGGCGGGGCAGAUUUGAGAAGUGCCAAUCAGUCUCCUCAGUCAGUGGGCAGCAGUGGAAUGGACAGCGGAGUGGACAGCUUUUCCGACCAGUUAGGAGACCUGCCUCAUAUCGCCAUCUCUCUGUGCGGAGGGCUGACUGAGAACAGCGAGAUCACUAGAGAGGAAUUUGAGGAACGGGCUGUAUCUUAUCAGGAGUUUACAGAUAAUCCAUCCAUUAUUGAUGAUCCCAACCUGGUUGUAAAGAUCGGAACCAAGUAUUAUAACUGGAGCACAGCGGCUCCUAUGGUUCUGGCUAUGCAGGUUUUCCAAAAGCCCUUGCCAAAGGCUACGGUGGAGAACAUCAUGAAGGAGAAGAUGCCCAAGAAAGGAGGACGCUGGUGGUUCUCGUGGCGGGGCAGAAACAGCAACUCCAAGUCGGAGUCUGCAUCAGACCAGAUUGAAUGUAGAGAUCAUUCUGAAAGAACAGACUCUGUGGGCAGGUUAAAGGACGACUCAUCAUCCAGUGAUGAUGACAGCAGUGGUGCUACGCAGAAUUCUGUGCUCAACCAGCCUGAAGCCCUUCAAAGCUCCGGAGGUCACUGCUACAGGAAAACCCUACGUCUGUCCUCAGAACAGCUAGUCAGUCUAAACCUAAAAGAUGGCCCAAAUGAUGUGGUCUUCAGCGUCACCACCCAAUACCAGGGCACCUGCCGCUGUGAAGGCACCAUUUAUCUGUGGAACUGGGAUGACAAGAUAGUCAUUUCGGAUAUUGAUGGCACCAUCACAAGAUCUGACACCCUGGGACACAUUUUGCCAACUCUGGGAAAAGACUGGACCCAUCAAGGCAUUGCUCGAUUAUAUCACAGAGUCAGCCAGAAUGGCUACAAGUUUAUGUACUGUUCGGCUCGGGCGAUUGGAAUGGCUGACAUGACGAGGGGUUACCUGCACUGGGUGAAUGAAAGAGGCACCAUGCUUCCUAUGGGACCUGUCCUGCUCAGUCCCAGUAGUCUGUUCUCUGCAUUUCACAGGGAGGUGAUUGAGAAGAAGCCAGAGAAGUUUAAAAUUGAGUGUCUGACGGACAUAAAAAAUUUGUUCCUUCCAAACACAGAACCCUUUUAUGCUGCUUUUGGAAACAGGGCAACGGAUGUUUAUUCAUAUAAAGAGGUGGGAGUGCCUUUGAAUAGAAUAUUCACAGUGAAUCCUAAGGGAGAGCUCGUCCAGGAACACGCAAAGACCAACAUAUCAUCGUAUGGACGUCUGUGUGAAGUUGCGGAUCAUGUUUUUCCUCCUCUAACCAGGGGGAACCCCACAGACUUCCCUUGUUCAGACACCUUCAGCCAGUUUACCUUCUGGAGGGAGCAGAUACCAGAGGUAGACAAGCAGGAUCAACAGGUCGAGAGCAGUUAAAAGAGUGUAGUCAGAAAAGCUAACACGUCUAAGAAUUCCUCACAUACAAACUCAGCUCUGAUGCUGCACUGCCACAGGUUUUACUGUACGCACAAACAACUUAGCACUUUGGAGACCGCAUCCAGCCCUCUGUUCAUUCAUUACUUUCAACAAACAUUUAGGAUUUCUGUGUGUUUUAUUGUGUUGUUUUACUGACAAGAGCCUAAAUUCAGUUGUAAGUAGGAAAAUUGUCUGCGGUUUUUUUAACAAUGAAAAAAUUUGAAAGUGCCAAAUUCAUUAUUCAUAACAGAAAAUUAAAUUAUACUGUCACAUACAAUUGAUCGUUGGCUUUAGCCAAGAUUGUAAAGUUUUAUGAGGGAUACAAUUAUUUUAGUACACAGUAUAAAAAUAUUCUUAAGCAUAUAACACAACAAAUUUAAGACUAACCGUAAGCCAGCACUAGUAUAUCUCAGGUGUAACAGAAUUUACACAAGUUAGAUCAACUUGAAGUGACCUUUCAUAGCAUCAAAAUUUUAACUGUAAUAAUAUUAACUCAAACAGUUUUCUUUGACAUCUAAAUUAUUUUACCACAUUCAACUACAUAACAAAUGUGAGCAGGUAUUUCUUAAUUGUAAAAUGUCUUUCUACCACAUACAUCUACAUUUUGCCAAAUGUUUAUUUACUAAAAGCCUAUAUGGCGACUUUCCAUUCCUUUGUGAUGUGUUUGUUUUAUGCAAGAUACACAUAUCUGACCAGCAUAUGUUUAUAAAUCAUGCAAACAUUGAUUUUGUCAUACUUCAAACCAAUAGCCAUACAAGAUGAAUUAUACACAAAACAAAAACAAACCAACAGCAAUGCAAAAGACACUCAGGUCAUGAAGUAUUUCCUACCUAUACUACUUUCCUUCAUAUUUUGAAUCUUAUCUUAUUAUAAAUACAUCAGAGAGAAAAUAUUUUAGAUACAUUUUAGUUUAAAAGUGAUUCUUCUUUUUAAACAAUCUUCAGAGGUGCGUGCCAUCCUAACCUUUAGGAUGUUUAACAUAAAAACGUUAUGUAUCAACAUCAAUCUAACAUUUCUUCACAAGUAGUAUUUGGAAUGUUGUUUAAUUCAAGGAAUUGAGUGAUUGUUUGAUUGUUUUAAAAUCACUGUUGUAUGUCUCUAGCACAAUGUUUUAUGAUAUAAGUGGAAAAUAUGCUCAUGCAGGUUGCUGCUCCAACCACUUUAUUUAACAUAAGUAAAAUUUAGUCCAUUCUCAAGUCUUCUGUGGUCUUCCAAGGAGCAUUGAACUGGAAUUGAUGUGAAUGCAUGGAUGAAGAAGGGCUUAUUGUUAAAGCACUGCUUGUAUAGACUAGCUCAUUUGAACAAAAUGGUGUAUUUAAUCAUACAUUGUGUAUUAUUACUCUGCAAGAAAAUAUAAUGUAAGUGAUAUAGAUGUGUGUAACAUUAAAAUGCACUUUGUAAUGAUCUCUCAAUGGUGCUGCCUGCAACACAGAUUUGUUCUCCUAAGACUUUGACAGAGGACUGCUACAAACAGCACUGUGAAUGAUCAGAUGAUAUUACUGUAGGUUCAAUCAGAUCUUUCUUACUGGUUACAGUCUUACACUACUUAACCACUUUACUCAGUCCAUCUCAUUUUAAACAAGUCCUGUGAAGCUAAUAAACAUACGUAAGUGUGGUGCAACAGUUUUAUUUGUGUAUAUAAAAUAAACAUCCAAAAGUUAUAAGAGUGUUCCAUACAGUCUGUAAGGAAUUUCUAGAUUCUUUCUGUGAAAGAUCUUGUU